GCAACAACCAUGGCGCGCAGCCUAGGCGCCUCGAUGGCGCGCGGUCUUGGCAUCCUGCUCAUCAUGAUGACGCUCAGCGAGAUCGCGGCGACGCGCGCGGCGCCGCGUCCCGCAACACAAAGGGCUGCUCCAUCCCCAUGGAGACGUCACCGCGCGCCCCCGCCUCCCGCCCACGACUCGCGCCCGUGUCGUCGGUGGGCCGCGGCGACCGCGUGAAAAGAGAGGGGGCAGCGUCGCCGCGGCGCGCCCGAUCCACACGCACGCGACACGCGACACGCACACGAAACAACCGCGAUCGACGCAGGCUCGGAGUUCAACGAAGACGACUGGACCUUUUACAUCGUUGCUGCCGGUAUUUGUGCGUUCUUCGCGGCCUUUGGCAUUGGUGCCAAUGAUGUCGCGAACGCCUACGCCACGUCCGUUGGCUCCAAAGCGAUUACCGUCCGCCAAGCGGUCAUGCUCGCGGCGGUCUUCGAGUUCGCCGGAGCUGUCCUCAUGGGUAGUAAUGUAGCCAAGACGAUCCGCAAAGGUAUUGCGGACGCGGGCUGCUUCGAGGACAAUCCCGGCCUGAUGAUCUACGGCAUGACCUGCGUCAUUAUUUCUGUCGCGAUCUGGCUCAUCCUAGCUUCCUAUUUUGAAUUACCAGUAUCAACAACUCAUAGUUGCGUCGGCGGCGUCAUCGGCAUGGCCCUCAUGACGCGAGGUUCGAGAUGCGUCAUCUGGAACUACACGAGAAACGACUAUGGCAACGGCACGACGAACAUGGCGUUUGAAAAUUUCCCCUGGCUCGACGGCGUCGCCGAGAUCGUCGCGAGUUGGUUCCUCUCGCCGAUCGCUUCUGGUAUUUGUGCGGCCAUACUGUAUGGAAUUGUGAAGUUCGCGGUUAUGAGGGGCGACGCGCGUACGAUCUCGGCGUCCCGCGGUGCGGCGGUGCCUUCACGCCAUCGACGCGACUCGUGUCCAUCAGACGAGGUCGUGGGUGGUUUCUUUUUCGAGUUUGAGGCCGUUCGGACCGAGUCGACCCACGAUGCUCCGCGCAGGUACUUCCGGUGCAAGAUCUUCUUCCCUCUUAUUGUGUUGGUCGUCGUGUGGAUUAAUGUGUCGUAUUGGAUCCUGAAGGGCACGAAGGGGCAAUGUGAAAGAUUUAGAACCUGCCGACUCACGAGGGAGGCCAAGGCCGGCAAUUUGUGGCCCGCUCUUUUAGUUGGUUUAUAUCCGUCCAUCGCCGCCGGCGUCGUCGCCGGCGCCAUGGUGCCGACCCUCUCAAAGAGGAUCGACAGCGGCGACGUCGUCGGCGCGAACCGCGCGCUCGCGGAACGGGCCGCCGCGGGCGUCCGGAAGGAAGCCGCCGACGAGGAGAACACGCGGGACGCGGAGCCCGCGCAGAAGGAGGAGAAGAAGAAGUCGGGCAUGUCGUACAUCACGGGCCAGCUCGACAGAGAUACCCAUAAAGACCUAGAUACGGACGCGAAGGUGGCCGCGAUUCACGACAACGUCACGCGCCACGACCCGCGGGCCGAGCAGUUCUUCAGGUACGUCCAGAUCUUCACGGCUAUUGUGGAUUCCUUCUCGCACGGGGCGAACGACGUGGCCAACGCGAUGGGCCCCUUCGCGGCCGCGUACGUGGCGUACAAGAAGGGGAAAGUCGUGAAGCAGGCCGAGAUGGACCCGGGGACCAUGCUCUGGAUUUUGGCUUUGGGUGGCGUGGGUAUUGUGGUCGGUUUGGCUACCUACGGCUACAAGAUCAUGAACGCCAUGGGCGUGAAAUUGAUCGCCAUUACGCCUUCUAGAGGGUCUUGUAUCGAACUGGGUGCUGCUUUAGUGGUGAUCUACGGCACGGGCCAGGGCUGGCCCCUCUCCACAACGCACUGCCAGAUCGGCGCGACCGUCGCCGUCGGUUUAUUUGAGGGCUGCCAGGGCGUCAACAAGGAAUUAUUCCUGCGGGCCUGCGGCGGCUGGGUCAUGACGCUCGUCGUCGUGGGCUGCACGACGGCCAUGUUGGUCGGGCCCUCGCCGGAGCCGCUCAAGAACGAGUACUGCAAGGACUGGAGCCCCUAGACGUAGCUAGCGGAGCGCCCCGCCCCACUAUCCCCCCCAAGGCUGUAAUAAUUCAUAUCGCAAUGGUUUCUUUGGAAAUUUACACGGAUCAACACGGAAAGACAAGCU